AUGCUGAUCACCAAGUGGCAGAUUCUCAGGAGCCAGCCGACACAUGUGUACCUAGUCCUUGUACUCGUCACUGCACUGCCACUCUACUAUGGCUCCUACCAAUACCGUCUCCGCCAUCCCUACGGCUCCCCCACACAGUCAUCUGGAAGGAUGCCAACAGGAAACUUCGUCGCGGACUGGACGGACACUCAGGUCGUAGCACCCUUCAACCAAUACCCAGUCGCCUCCUUCUGUAAUCGUACCACACAUUGGCGGCCCAACCUCGUCUUCAAUUUGGCCAAUGCCGAUGGCCAGAUCGCAGAUGUCCGAGGCAAUGUCCUUGACUUCCUAUUCUACGCGAUCGAAGCCGGCGCCAGCAUUAUGCUUCCUGGAAUUCCACAGCAGAACGAGGGUGGCACGGGUAAUGUCAACGCGAGGAAAACGGACUUUGCAGAGUUCUUUGAUGAGAAAUGGUUCCUGAAGACCAUGGAAGAGACGUGUCCGCAGAUGCAGAUUUACAAAAUGCAGGAGGGACAAGAGUUGAAGGCUGCGUUGCCGGACUACUACAAGCCAAGGACUAGGAGGAUGGAUGAGGGCUUCAACAACAAUCGCAAAGCCUACCUAUCAGACCUCGAGAGCUGGCUCCAAGCCCGCAGAGUCCUGGACGAUAAGUCUACAAAGUUUACAGUCGUGAAUGUCAAGCCCACACUCUACAAUAUCGACACCCGCAGCCUACCCCACGGCCUGCGUCGUAACUUUGGUCAAGUCUUGCGCGUGAAUCCAGAAAUCAGACGACUGGCCGCUAUGGCCGUAGAACAGCUCCGCAUCCAAUAUGGCCUCGAGAUCGAUUCGACACAGCCCAUCCCACGCAACGCCUUCUACGCCGUCUACCUCCCUGACCCCUCCGACACCAAUCUCACAACCGCCUACCUCUCCCACGCCAAAGCCCACAACCUAGACACCCUCUACAUCGCAACCCCCGACCCCUCCGACCUCUCCCACCUCAAGCUCCUCGGCCUCUCCCAACCCUCCCCGCUCACCCUCCUCUCUGCCUCCGACCUCCUGCCCGAAAUCGAACAACCUCUAUCCCCCGCGGAGCAAGCGUUAGUUGACUACUCCAUCACCCUCCGCGCCAGCGUUUUCGGCGGGAUGGUGAAGAGUAGUCUUAGUGCUCAGGUGGCGAUGACGAGGAACCAGUGGGUAGAGGAUCGGGGUGUUGUGGUGGAUCCGGAGAGGGUGAGACAUGCUGAGGAGGGGAUGUGGUGGGAUGAUGGGUGGAGUCGGGUGGUGGGACGGAUUGAUGAAGAUGGGAGUAGGGAAGGUGCGGAGGGCUGGGGGAGGGGGGUUUGGCCUUGA